ACCGAGGUAUUCAGAGUCGAGGAGACGAGCUGCACGGUUCGACAGACACUCGGGAUGAACAAGUGAUCGUCUCCACAAGCCCCCCUCUCGUUGAGUCAGUCCGCUAUCGUCUCAGGCAAGAUGAAGUUAGCGAUCGCUUUGGUGGUCCUGAGUCUGGGUGUGAUGUUCGCGGUGGUUUACCAGGCCGUGUUCCAGGAGAUGGCCCUGCGCACACUGAAGCUCCGAGUGGUGGACAACUCGAUGGAGGCCAACGCGAAAGAGGAAGCCAUCACGGAAGCGAAAACAAACAUUAAUAACCUUAAGACAUCGCUGGCAGAGGUCACUACCAAGAUAGAGGAGCUGAAAAAGAAGAAAGAAGAAAACGGGAAGUUGGUGCAGGAGCGUGAAGCAAACCUGCAGACCUGCAAGACCGAGAAGGAGAACAGUAUAAAGAAGAAGACAGAGAUUCAAGAAUCCAUGAACAAAGCCAAAGCCGAUUUCGAGGCAGCUAAAGCUAAAGCUCAGGAGGACAUUAAGGCGCUCAAACAGCAGGUUUUGGAUCGAGACAAAGCUAUCUGUGCCUUUGCAGAUCUAAGUAACGAGGAAGCACGGAAGCUGUGUGGACAGCCUGAAGCAGCACAGUAAAGCAAACCAGAAACGUUUAACACUGACUAAACUUUUGCAAAAAGGAGGCAUGUCAUGGACUUGUAUUUUGUAAUGAUUGAUGUUAUUAUAGCCCCACUUUUUUUCAUGAGAUCUGAUUAAACAAUGCGGUACUAGAGGUGUGUGGAA